AACCAGUUUCAAUUCUGGAAUUUGCUUCCUUACCUUUAAGUCCGUCUUUAAAACCGAUCUCUGACUAAAAUUCGAGUUAGCUGCCUGUAAUUGUGUGGCAAAUGUUGUCUGAUUGAGCAGGCUUCGAAUCUCCCGAAGGGCGCUACAUAAAUGCAGGUCGCUCCUUUCGCUCUGCAAAUUAGCAAAUGCAUUGGAAAAUUUGCAUUUUGGGCAUGUCUCUGAGAACCUGGAGGACGGGGGAAAGGGGUGUUGGAGCUGACAGCUUUGGGGUUGGAACUCCAGUGAGCGUCAGUCGGACGGAUGAGGAAGUAGUGGAGUAAGCUGGGUUGGCGUCUGCCUCGCCAGUGGAUAUGUGCGUGUGUGUGUGUAUGUGUAUCCGGCUCCGGAUCCUGCCCGGGGAAUAAGCGGAUGGGGUGAUACCGGCAAUUCCCCCUCUUCCCCAACCCUAUGGGAACCAGCAGCACCGGGCAUAACCCCCCGGCGGGGGAGCUCAGUCCGCCCCUGGAGGCGUGGACUUGUGGCUACUGCGGGAAGGACUCGUUCUGCGCUCAGGGUCUCAUGGCUCACAAGUUGUCCGUCCACGAUUACCAGCUGCUGCUGAACAAAGGCUGGGUCAGGAGUGGAAAAUAUCUGUACAAAGCCGCUAUGCCUAUUACAUGUUGUCCUACCUACCCCAUGAGGUGCCACGUCUUGGACUUUCGGAUAUCCAGAUCACAACGUCGAGUUCUAAAGAAAAUGAAGAAACUUUUAACAAGUACGGGUGGUUUAGUGAAGGAAACAGCUGGGGUUAGCUCCGAGGAGGACACCAGGUGCCAUAAUGGGAAACAAGUCCCUGAAGCUGCACCCGGCAAGUCGAGCACUGGGCAGACCACGUUGGCAUUGCCCGAUGGCGCUGAGGAGCAAUGGUCAGAGGGAAACAGAGUGUCAGACCAGCGGAGUGUGAGCAGCAGCCAGACCUGGCCUGUUGAAGAUGAGGACUCUCAAAUGCAUACCUGCCACAAAGCCAAAGAGAGCCGGGCAGAGCUCCUACAGAGCCCGGAGAGGGGGCAUCAGGCAGAGCUGGACUCCACAGAGUCGGAACUGGUGGGACUGACGGAGCGCAAGGCCCCAGGUCAGGAACCAGCUCCUUUGCCAGCUCCGCAGCCAUCCUUGUCACAAACCUCCAUGAGCACUGUGCACCCAUCUCCCAUCCCACCUCCACUCCAUUCCAAGCCUGCGCCUAGCCAUACUAGAUCAUUAGAGGAGCUCAUAGUGGACAACACGCCUGUCACAUCAUUGCACCAGCUGGAGGUGAAGCUACUGAGACUUUCUCCUCCAAGCCCUGAGCUACAUGCUACGUUUGGUGAAUCAUACAAAGUCUACAGGCGGUACCAGAUGCAUGUGCACAAAGACACUGAAGUGAUGGCCUCGGAGGCAGAGUACAGAAGGUUUUUCUGCAGCACUCCACUCGUGGGGGAGGACCCAGCGGAUGGACCAGACACCGGCUAUGGCUCCUUCAUUGAACAGUUCCUGCUAGAUGGGAAAAUAAUAGCUCUUGGCCUGUUGGAUAUACUACCAGAAGGAAUAAACUCCCAGUACCUGUGCUAUGAUCCAGAUUACUCUUCCCUCUCAUUGGGAGUCUACUCUGCACUCAGGGAAAUAGCACUAACUCAAAGGCUGAAUGAGCAAGUUCCAAGAAUGAAGUAUUAUUACCUGGGUCCUUACGUACACUCCUGUAUUAAAGUGAAAUAUAAGCUUCUGUACCAGCCAACAGAGCUGUUGUGCCCAGUGACUGGGCAUUGGGUACCUGUGGAACAAUGUUUGCCCAAGCUGGAGAUCAGUAAAUAUUCCAGGCUUUACGAUAGUGAGGAACCAGCUGCUGAUCCUGGCUUGUCAACUGAAGGCCUUUGGUUUCUGCGGAAUUUCCGUGAGGCUCUGGGCCCCUCUGCCUCCCCCUCUGUUCAGACUGAGGAAGCCAUGUUGGUGGUUUCGCAGGAAGACCUCGUCUCGACCCACUCCUCCUCGGCUGCUGUCUGUUGGGGGCGCUGUUCCUGCCUCGUCCAAUUGUUAAGCUGCUGCUGCUGUUGUACCAAUUACUGCAAAGACAAGGCAGAGAGCUGACCACUCGCACUGAGGGACUGCAAUGUGGCCGUUCCAUUUGGAAAUUGGGUGCUUUUCAUCCAAGGCUCUUGGGGUCAGAGGUCGAGAAAGAGAGAGAGAUAGAUGUGGGAGAAAGCUGGGAAAUAUCUCAUUGUGGGUCUGGGAAUGAAAGGGGAGAGAAAGAGAGAGAGAGAAGGGGACCAGGAAGGGAGGAGGAUACCUUCCAAUGGACACUUUAACUAAUUGUGUGCACUCACAAGGUGAACACAGAAAGCACAACAUUGCACAAGUCUAAUGUUUACUCUGCUCCUCACAGUCCCUUCAUCUCUUUGUUUUUUCUCCCCUCUUCAGUGCAAUCUCUCUGCAAAGCUUAUGGGAUGUCUUAAUCAAGAGUUAUAAUCAUUUCAGAGUUCACAGGUGAUGAGCUUGUGCCAUUAAUGAAGCCACUGUGGGCACUGUGUUUUCUUUCUGUGAUAAUGUGCAAAAGGAUGCAAUCAAAUGUGGGUAAAAUUAGACUUUCAAGGUGGUCACACAGGAGACUUCAUAGAUGAUGAAAUCCCACCGCUCUCAGGUUAUUCCGAAGAACUAUCUUGAUGUAAAAUCACUUGGUCGUUUUGUGCAUGUCAGUCAUUCCAAUGGUAAGUGUAGUUUUCUGACCAAAUCUUCCAGUGAACCAGAGUGACAACAGCCACCACUUUGCCAUCUUGUGACACUUGCGAAAAGUCUUUGUUUGCAAAUCUAGCUAAGUAAUAUCAGGCAAUACUGUGUUGCUGAAGGAAAUAAGCUGGCAUUCUCACACUGAAUGUGACGGCACCUGGAUGGUAUUUUGCGGGAAGCAAUAGAUUUUGGGUGGGGGGGACAAUUCUGAUUCAGCUUAAGGAAUUCUAUCCUAAUGGGAGUGAGUGGGGAAUGAUUUGGUUUUGGGAAUCAAUGCAAUGCCACAAAAUGGCACUUUGGGUGUCUCUACCAUGGGAUUGAAAGGGGAUUGGUUCUGAACUCUUGGAAUUCAGGACACUGACCUUAAUCUAAAGCUGGGUCCCUGGAAAACUGUUGAAACAAUCACUUUUUUUUUGGUACAAAUUCCUGGAAAAAUAUUAGUUAGAAGCUUCUAAGGGGAGGUAAUCAUACUCUGAUUACCUGAUUGCCCUUCUCCUUACUCACUCUGCUCUCGUGCUUUGCGGGUUCUGGCCCAAACAUGUGAUUUGCACAGAAAUAUGGAGCAUUCCUGAUCUGGGUGCAGUGCAGGGUCAGUGCUAGUGGUCAGAUGAUACCACCUUUUCCCAGCAGUAAUGGCUGUAUUCUGACAUUUUAAGAUCCCUUGAGUGGGUGAGUGAGGGAAUUGGGUGUCAAAUCGGCGAAUGAGGAGUUUAGAGUUCUGGUUUAGUAUGCCAGGUGUUGGAUGGGGAACUGGGUGGCAGAUGAGUCUGCCAGAGAUGGGUGAGGGAGUCAGUCUACCAUGUGGAUGGGUGAGGGGGUAUGUGCUCAAGUGCCACAUGGAUGACAGCAGGUGAAUUUAGGAUACCAGUUGGGUGCAUAAGGGGGUUGGGUGCCAGAAACAUGGGUGAGGGCAGGUGGAGUGCGGAACGAAUGGCUGUGGGAACCAGGUGGCAGAGGCUGGGCCAAGGUUUGGAGUGGGAUUGGGAGAGAUAUUGUCAGGCAUCAUUGUAGGGGCAGAUUGAUUUUUGAGGGAAGAAGGCUUUGGGUCACUGUCAGUAUAGAUGCAUAGGGGCCACUUUUAUAGUUAGGAGUUGGGCAACAUGUUAACCCUUCUAACUUUUGUUGGAUAGCUACUUAAGUAAGUCAAAUUCUCCAAAUUCUGACUCUAAUCAAAGUUGCAGCUAUUUUUGGAGGUUUGAGGCACUAAUUAUCCAACAGAAGGUUAAGCUUCUUACAUAAUUUUCACAUAGCCAAUGCAUCAAGAAUUCUGAGAGAUUCCAGACAGAAAUCUUUCAGAGUAUGCCUGGUGUCUGAUUAUCAGGAGACCAAAGGACUUAGAUUAACAUGUAUUAUUAAAUAUGUGGCAAUUAUUGAAGUAAGUAGUCAGUGAUUAUAAUACACACUCUCCCACUGCCUUUGCUGUAAUAUGAAAGAUGUCACUAUCAAUACAUACUCAGGUGCUCACAUGCACUACAGGAAGACUAAAGAUGUGCCUGAUGGAAAUCUGUUCAUAAACAGAACUAUAUUGUGUCACAAUUGCACACUUUACACCUGGUGGCAGGAAACUAGUAAUGACAGCUGAAUGUUUUUUUUUGAGAAGUUCCAAAUUGUCCCUGUCAGAUAGACCAGACCAACUGGAGAUAGCAAAUUUCCUUCCAAUAUGAUACAAGUGAACUAGAUUUUAUUUUCUAAAGCCAAUCUAAUGGUGUCAUGGUCACUGUUAUUAAGGUUUAUCCCAGAUCAUCAAAUUGUUUGAAUUCAAAUUCCACAGUGGCUCCAGUAGGAUUUGAACUCCUAUUUUUGAGAGUAUAGUCACAGCCUCUGGAUUACCAGUUCAGUACAUACCAUCAUUAAACAAACGUUGCCGUCAAUAAGAAUCCUUAAACCUAAAAGGGAAAACAGAAAGAGAAAUGUCCUGUGGGAAAUCGGUGCAGUUUUGUCUCUUUUCAUGUAAAAUAAAUGAACAACAAAAUUUAGCGAUUUUCCAGCAACUCUACCUGAGCUAUUUGUACUAUUUCUUGUCAGCCCCUUCGCACUUAUUGUAACACUCAAUAUUGAACCUGCCUCGAAGGGAUUGUACUCAUUUAGAUUAGUGGGUGAAACAUCAGUGAAAAUGCAGGAUAUUGGGUCGCACCUAUGCAGUAGUUGCAAUCUUGACUUUUGACUUUUGACUAUUUUUGGCUUCUCAAAAUUCUCCAUCUGGAAAGUUUACAACGGUGAGGCAAUCCUUUUAUUGUUUAUUCUGUAACCAAUGAACAUCAUCACUGACUCUGGCUGAGGGAGUGUAUCUUUAAGCAGUGCCAAACUCCCCCAUUAGCCAGUCAACAGGAUUGCUUUCUGUAAUAUGGUGGGUUACCAUGGUUACUGAACAAAAAGAGAAACAAUGAGUCUUAAAAUUCCUUUUCGGCUGUGCGUGGAGUUAGUCACAAUUUCCCCACGGAGGUGCUAUAGUGGGGGUUCCUUUUAAUUCUUUUAUAGCUAAUGCUCCUUUGUACUCCCAGUACCAACGGUUCAAAUCUAUUGGAAAAAGGUGCUGCACUUGAUCUGGAACGCACAGGAAUUAUUUUGUUCAGGGUUCCAACUCCUGAUUGCUAACAAAUGGCCCUGGAAUAAGAGGCACACCCAAGUAGGAGAUAGGUUUGAUUCAUUUGUGGAUAUCAGCUUACAAUUACUAUUGGUGUCCAGUUGUGCACAGCUUUUAAUAGUUGCGUGCUUCCUUCAAAAAUGAGAUGAGAGAAUGUUUACAAAGUAUCUGCACUUAUGUAGCACCAUUUUAAUGUGGUAAUAAAUUCCAAGGAAGUUGACAGGAAUGUAGCCAUUGUCAUUGAGCCAACAAAGCAGGUAUGAAGAUUCGUGAUCAAAACCUUGUAGAUUUUGAGGUUUGUCUUAAAUGAGACCAGCAGGGAGGUGAAGAGGGUCAAGCAUUAAUAAUCUUUUAAAAUAAAACUUAAUUCCAAAAUAUCUGGGCUGCAAACCCAAGUUUUAGAAUUCAGUUGCUCUGAUGCACAAAAUGGGAUUCAGCUCAUUUGCAGCCAAGCUGUGUAACUCAAAUUCCACUGAUCCACAUCUCUCUGCUCACCUCUGUGGUUUUGACUAAAAUAUCAGCUUCUCAAAGCUACAACUUCAUUGUGAGAAAAAAAUAACUCCAAAUAAUAAUGCAAGUACGUUGUGAACCACUCCACUCUACAAGGCCCAGGGAUAUUGCUGGUGUAUGGGUUAAAUGAUUUAAGCAUUAACUUGAUAGGAAACACCCUCUUAAAGGGAUAAGCACAAACCUACCACAUUUGCUCAUUUCAAAUGAAGCUCGGGUUGUAGACUUGAUAAAGUGCCUUUAGUAAUCUUUCUGUCAUAUUUUAUUGUCUAAUGAUUCAGAAUUUUGCAAUACAUUCUUUUCUAAAUGUUACUAUUUUAGCCUUGUGGUAAAAUGAAUGAAUAAAAUGGAAAGUGCCUAUAUUUUACGAUGGCUGUUGGGGGGUCUUUUAUUGUUUGUCAAUUAUGAAGGGGAGUUCUAGCCUUUCAAGAAUUAGAGCAAUCCAUUCAGUGUUUUUAUGGUUGGCGUGGAGAAAAGUGAAAUUGUUUCAUUUAAUUGGCAACUUAUACAAUGGGAAACAACCCUAAGUACUUCACUGUCAUUGAACUAUCUUUUGAACAAUCCAGACAUAACAAGCUCCAAACACCAGCAUUGUGACAAUAAACAAGUAAUCUGUUUUUAUGAUGUUGGUGGCAGAAUAAAUAUUAACCAGGUGUUAUACAAAAGCAAAUACUGCUUGAUAUCUGAAAUAAAAAUGUAAAAGGCUUUUGGAAGAGAAAAUGUGGUUACCAUUCAGGUUGAUGACCUGAAUGUCUUCAUUCCAGAGAAUAAUAAAAAUGCAGAACUCACCACCACAGGAAGUGUUGAGGCAAGUAACUUGCAUACUUUAGAAAGGCACGAGGUGAUUACAGAAAGUUGUGGAGUGUGCCAGUGUUGGACUGGGAAGUCAGAAAUCACACAACACCAGGUUAUAGUCCAACAAGUUUAUUUGAAAUAACAAGCUUUCGGAGCUUAGCCCCUUGGUCAGGUGAGGUGGGAGGGAAGCACACAGAACACAGAAUUUAAGGGCAGAGAGAUCAAAAGAUCAUUCAAAUGGUGUGAGUAAAGUGUCGAAUAGUAAGUCUUUGCAGGUGACCAAGAGCGUUAGACUGUGUGAGUAAAGUGUCAAUAGCUGACUAACACCCGCAGGGAUGACCUAUAAUCUGAUGAAAUGAGGCAGACAGAUAAUUACAGAAAAAUUAGAAAUAAGGUGGUGCUGGAGACGAUCCAAAUGACUGGAAUAACCUGGGGGGGAAAACACACAGAAACUUUGCCUAUAAAUUCUGUAUUCGGUGCGCUUCCCUCUCACUUCACCAGAUGAAGAGGCUAUGCACUAGAAACUUAUGAUUUCAAAUAAACCUGUUGGUCUAUAACCUGGUAUCGUGUGAUUUCUAACUUCAUUGGAGAAAGAGAAAUAAAAA